AUUAAAUAAAAUAUUUUGUUUUUAGAAUAAAGCAGAAAAGGGUUAAAUUAAACCCUUUGUUUCUUCUUCUUCUACUUAGCGCCGUCGUUCAAUCUCUCUAAAACCCCUUCUCAAGCGAGAAGUUCUUCAACUUUCUUCGUGCGGCGUCCUUGUUAAACCAUGUCAUUCGAAGAUGAUUUUGUGGAAGAUGAUGAGAUGAACAUGAUUGAUGAAGACGGAGCUGCAUCUGACUCCGAAGCUGAAUCUCUUUCAGAUUCAGAUGACAACGACAUCACUGAAAAGUUAUCCGAGCCGACAAAGACAGCUGUAUACAACAGAGAUGGGCUUCUUGAUAAGCUUCAAGACAUUAGCUGGCCAGAAGACGUUGACUGGACUCACAAGCUCACCGUCGAGAUCGAGCAAGGACAAGCCGUCGACGUGAACGACGACCUCGCUAGAGAGAUGGCUUUCUACACUCAAGCCCUCGAAGGAACGAGGCAGGCCUUUGAGAAGCUCCAGGAGAUGGGACUACCCUUUCUAAGGCCGGCUGAUUACUACGCGGAGAUGGUGAAGUCAGACACGCACAUGGAGAAGGUGAAGUCUAAGCUUCUGUACGAGAAGAAACAGAUGGAGGAGGCGGAAGAGAGGAGGAAAGCUAGGGAUAACAAGAAGAUGGCUAAAGAAGUGCAGUCUCAGAAGAUGAAGGAGAGGGCCAAGCAGAAGAAGGAUGAGAUUGAGUCUGUUAAGAAGUGGAGGAAACAGAGGCAGCAGAGUGGGUUUAGUGAGAAAGGUGGGGCGGGGGAGCUUGAUCUUGAGUUUGGGAAUGGGAAGAGUUUCCAGAGAGGAGGUGGUGGUAAGAAGAGGCCUGGUGUGUCUCCUGGGGAUAGGUCAGGAGGGAAAGGGAAGGCUACUUCGAGGAUGAACAAUAAGAAGAGGGAGUUUAGGGACUCCAAGUUUGGUCAUGGUGGUAGGAAAGGGUUGAGUAAGCAGAAUACUGCGGAGACGACUAAUGAUUUCAAAGGAGGGUUUCGUGGAGGCAAAGCUGGUGGAAACAAGAGACAGAAGAGAUAGAACAAGGUUUGUUCAUCUAUAAACCCAUAAUAAACUAUUUUGUCAUCUUUGUAAGACGGGUUUUUAGGACCAAUAUCUUUUGUUGCAAUGUUGUACUACUUUGAGCUAUUAACAAAGGUCCAUUUGUUUCAAAGAUAACAAGAUGUUUCUUCUUUGAAUCAAUCUUUUAAAUUUAUCAUCCAACAAUAAUAAGACUUUGUAAGUACUCCACAAGUGAUUUUAAAAGGUUCUAGUACCAUGGAUUAAAAGUUUACUCCAGCCAUCUCUUAAAAAAAUCCUUCUCUCGUUCAUUGGGCAUGAUAAAUUCUGUUUUGUUCUCUUUCACCAAACAUGGUUUGCUUGGUAAUGUCCUAUGCACUGUAGUCCAAUUAUGGGAGACUGAAACACAUGAUUUGGAGGAGAAUUUGGAAGAUUAAAGUUCUUUCUUUUAGUGUCUGUCUUCUCUGUUUAAGUUUUUUUUCAUAAUUAUUAAACACCACCUCAAAACUAAAAAGUAAGCACAUAUCUGCAAAUGUGACUCCCUCUUCCUCUACCAUUUGUAUGAAUCUUGGGAAGUUUAUCACCAUAAGGUUUCUAAAUAAUAUUCAAACCUAAAGAAAAAUGCAACAAGAACUUUAAAACUUUUCUUAAAUGAACACCUUUAAACAUUAUCACUAGUUUUUGCAAUAAAUUACUGACAAGUUUCCCCCCUUUUUGUGGCGUUUGAUUUGAGAUUUAUAUUGGAAAAGGAUUUUACAUGCAAUUAUGAGGUGGAACUGUAUGUAAAUAGUUCUCUUAGGGAAUUUGAAAAUACGUUAUACUACUAAUAUAUACCUUUAACUGAUAACUAACAGAAUUAAAUUGUUAUUGAACAUACGUUAUGACUUCUGAUCAUAGAAGCAUGACGCACACACUAAAAGAUAAAAUAAAAUAAAAUGCGAGUGUCUUAGUCAUGCUAGUCGAAGUGCAACAAAACCUGGUGACAAGACACGUAGUAACAUCAUAGAGAAUCCUUGUGGUUGUGGUACUUAUCUCCCGUACCACGUUCCACCCAAGUGUUAUCCAUAUCUUCUAAUGUUUGUAUUUUUCUUAAAAAUCAAAUUGUAACAUUAACUUGUAAACACAUUUUUAUGACACAAAAAAAACUUGAUGAACACAUAACUAUUAGAAGCAAACUGUGAAUUAAAUUUGAUUGUCAUCUUAAAUGGUUAAAACAUACAUGUUACGCACCAUCCAAACCAAUUCUAUAAAAUUUGUAUAUGCUAAUAAAAUCCAUUUUAUCUCUCUCACAAACUUCUAGUUUUAUGUUUUCACCCAUAUUUUUAGUGUUUGGAUAAACGUUUGAGUGUGCCCAUUCGUAGUUUUGGUGCAUAGGAACACUCGUCACCAUGCAUGUCAAUCUCUCUUUCCUAUAUAAACCAAAACCAUCCAUCCUUUUCUUUCAAGAAGAAAUACAUCAACAACAAAAAAAUGGCGAUCAACAAAUUAACCAUAACACUUUUCCUUCUCAUAUCCUUUGCUGUUUUCCACUGCUUGGCCUUCCGUGUGGAGGUCCAAGAGUUCGAACCACCACGACAAGAGGGACAAGAAGGUCCCGGUGGGGGCUCCGGCGAGGGAUGGGAUGAAGAGGCGACAAAGAAUCCUUACCACUUCGGGCAGUGGAGUUUCAAGAAUUUCUUUCAGUCAAAGGAUGGUUUUGUGAAAAUGUUACCGAAGUUCACUAAACGCUCAUCGACUCUCUUCCGUGGAAUAGAAAACUACCGCUUCUUGUUCCAGGAGAUGGAACCUAACACUUUCCUUGUUCCUCACCAUUUAGAUGCCGAUUACGUGUUUCUAGUCGUACAAGGGAAGGGAGUGAUUGGUUUUGUGACGGAUACGGCAAAUGAAUCCUUUCAGAUAACGAAAGGUGAUGUGGUGAGAGUCCCAUCCAGCGUCACACACUUUUUCGCGAACACCAACGGCACCGUUCCUCUCCGUCUCGCCAAGAUCGCCGUCCCUGCCAACGUUCCUGGACACUUCCAGGUUUUCUUCCCUGCUCAUUCCGGCUUUCACCAAUCAUAUUUCACUGGGUUUAGUAAAGAUGUACUCACGGCCAGUUUCAACAUACCGGAAGAAUUGCUAGGAAGAUUGAUUAGGGGACCACAACAACAAGUGGGACAAGGGAUUAUACGUAGAGUUUCCCCAGAACAGAUCAAGGAACUUACCGAACACGAACACGCUACUUCUCCUUCAAACAAACA